CUGGCCGUCGAGGCGAUCUGCCACUCCGGCCCGAUUUGCCACACCGCCGGCCUAUCAAUGCCGGAGGCGGCCUGCAGCUAGCUGCCCGCGGCGCAGCGCACCCUUUGUUUACUACCCAUGUUGUUUGUUUACUACUCACGCGCGUCCCGGCCGCGGUGCUGCUGUUUGUUUACCAUUGAACGCACCGGCGCCGCUUCGCCGCUAGCACCUGGCUGGCAGGGCGGCAGCGCGCCCCCGGGCGAUAAGUAUCAAUGGCCUAUUGUGAGUGGGUGACCCUGUCUUUGUGCCCAGCCGUGUGCGAUGACGGCGCGGACGACCUGGCGGCGGGCCGCGCGGCCGCCGCUGCGAGUGCUGCUGCUGCGGCGGCGGCGGCAGAGGCGUCGCGACGCCACUCGUCCCUCAGCGACGCCCCCAUCGAGAGCAACGUGCUGCGCAAGGUGGCGUCCCUCACGCUGGACCGCGCCACCCUCGACCAGAAGCUGUCCAAGCCCAAGUUCGUGCCCGAGAAGCUCGACUUCCAGAUCUACGAGAAGUUUGAAGGCCAGGUCCUCAUCAAUUGGUUCCUGUCGUCGUUCCCCGAUGACCACUACCUCCGGCAGGUCCUCAUGCCGCAGGACCUGCGCAUCCUGGCGGCCCAGUUCUGCACCAACCUCCUCAAGGCCGGCGUCGUGAGGCAGCUCCAGGAUAAGGAUCCCCUGGACUCCCUCUUCAGGCCAGAUCUCAUCUACUACUGGACCCAUGCGGAGACGGUCGCCACAGCGCCCCCGACGCCGGGCCGGCUGUCACACGCAGCAUGGCCCCCAGCGAUGGGCCUGGGCCUCGCCGGCGUCGGACCGGGCGGCAUGUCCGCCAUCCCCGUCGCACAGAGCGCGCGGCCCGGCGCCAAGUACACGGAAGCAGAGAAUGGCGUCAGUAAAGGAAGAAGUACGUCAGUACCAGUUACACCCUGUGGAGUGGAUGAUUCAGAAGAAUUCCAGCAGACUCUAAUGGGCUUGAAGCGCGAGCAUAGGGAAAGCCUCAAUAGUUUAGCUGGUAAGCAAGAGCUGUCGUUAUUCACACUACGAGGUGAAUAUGCAGCAAAGCUCACAGAGUACGAGAGUAAGAUAGCUGCACUAGAAGCUCAAGUAGUCCAGUACCAGCAAGAAAUUGAAAGAAACAAAACUAUCGCCAGCAUUCAGUCCCUUACAAAUCAAGCAUUUGCUGAUUUUAUUUCUCCAACUACAGAAGAAAAAGAAUUUGUUCCCAAAGCAAUACCAGAGAGUGAAUUGUGUGACACCAAAGCAAAAGAAGAAAUUGUAAAGAAAGACGAGGUUUCUCCUUUGGUAGCAGAGCCUUUGUCUCCAAGAACUAUUCCUACAAAGUCAAUUGGAACUCAAACUGAAGAAGUAUCCACCAAUGACUCUGCUACCUCACCAGUAGCCAUCAACUCAAAUUCCGUUAAUGAAAAGCUUGAAACUACAACUUCCGGGGUCUCUCCACCAUCAGCAGAGCCCGUGACCUCUGGAGCACCUCCUCCGCCCCCUAUGCCGGAAGCCCCUCAACCUCCCCCUAUGCCAGACGCACCCCCAGUGCAAGGAGGCCCCCCUCCGCCGCCUCCACCUCCUAUGCCAGAGGCCCCCCCUGCACCCCCUCCACCCCCCAUGCCAGAAGCUCCCCCUCCACCCCCUAUGCCAGGGGCACCCCCUAUGCCAGGGGCACCCCCUCCACCCCCUAUGCCUGGGGCACCUCUUCCACCCCCUAUGCUAGGGGCACCUCCUCCACCCCCUAUGCCUGGCGCACCUCCUCCACCCCCUAUGCCAGGGGCACCACCACCACCCCCUAUGCCAGGAGCACCACCUCCACCCCCUUUGCCAGGUGGUGGCCCCCCUCCACCUCCCCCACCUCCAGGGGCUGUACCUCCACCACCUCCACCGGGUGUUUCUGGACCAAAACCUUUCCCAGCUCCACCAUCUGGAGGGUGGAGCGCUCAAAAAGCCAUGUUCCGAAAAGAACCUUUAAAUCCACCUGUCAGUAUGAAGCCCCUCUACUGGACAAGAAUUGUUGUUCCGGUGACUGUCACCAUCAACGAUGUCCCUGAACCAGUAAGCAGUACAAAUGCAAGCAGCACAAAUGGCACACCACCUCCGUUGUGGGAGCAACUAGAAGAAGCUAAGAUUGAAGAUAUGGAUGCUUUCACCUCACUUUUCUCGAGACAAGUUAUCGAGAGAAAACCUACCAAGAAAAAGACAGAGAAACCAUCUAAACAACAAGCUGUAAAAAUUCUAGACAGUAAGAGAUCACAAAAUAUUGGUAUCCUUGCUUCAAGUUUACACAAAGACUUUUCUGAAAUUGAACAUGCAAUUUACAACCUUGAUACAACGGAAGUCAGCUUAGAGGCUCUUCAACAAAUAUAUGAAGUGCGUGCAUCAGAUGAAGAAUUGCAAGCCAUUCGAGCACAUGUUGCUAGCAACCCAGAUGCCCCACUAGAUAAACCAGAACAAUUUUUGCAUGAACUUGCGGAGAUUCCUAACUUUGCUGAAAGAAUUGCUUGUUUCAUGUUCCAAUCAGAAUUUGAAGAUCGCAUCAAUAGCAUAGAGAGUAAAUUAAACAAUAUAAAAAGCACAUCUGAAGAACUCAUGGGAUCGAAAAGCUUACAAACAGUCCUUUCUAUUAUCUUGGCUCUGGGAAACUUUAUGAAUGGUGGUAACAGAACCAGAGGCCAGGCUGAUGGGUUUGGCUUGGAAAUUUUACCCAAACUACGAGAUGUGAAAUCUUCUGAUAAUUCUCUUACUUUACUGCAUUUCAUUGUGCGAGCUUACAUGAAGAAGGUUCCCGAUCCAGUUACCGCUCCUUUACCUGUUCCUGAACCUGCAGAUAUUGAUAAAGCUGGAGCUGUUAUGUUUGAUGAUUUGACUGCGGAUUUGAAAAAAUUAGAAACCCAGCUGAAAGCGUGUGAAUCAAAAUCGAAGAAAGUUAUUGCUGCUUCAUCUGAAGAAAACCUUCAGCCGUUUAAGGACAAAAUGGAAACCUUUCUCUCAUCAGCAUCAAAGAGAGUGAGUGGAGAAAUGGAAAACCAAAAAGAAUGCAUGGACAGAUUCAUUCAUUUACUGAAGUUUUAUCAGUAUCAGCCAAAGGGCACUUCCAACUUGGCGGAAGUCACCCCAAGGGACUUUUUCCCUCUAUGGUCUCCAUUUUGCUCUGAUUUCAAAGACAUAUGGAAGAAAGAGCAACAAAAAAUAGCUAAAGAAAAAAUGAAUGCUACUAAGAAAAGGCUGGAAAAAAUGCAAAAUGUGGAAAAAAUGAGGAAACAGGAAACAGGAUUGAAAGCAAGGCUUCAAAAAAAGAUUGCUACUUCAACUGCACCAUCACUCAAUCCCACACCAACUCAAUCACCCGCUCUUUCCCCAAAUAUCUCUCCAACUCAUCAGCCUACAUCGCCUUCAUCAGGUGAAAAACCCGAAACACAGUAGUUUAUUAUUUUAUAAUUUGAAAUAGAUUGAAAUUAUUAUUUUAUUUUUGAAACAACUUCAAUUUGUUGCACAUUUUUGUUGCUGUUUAUUUUAAACACGUUUGGCAAGAAACUUGGGUUUUUAAAAACAAAAAGGAGUAUCUAUUGUACUGAUUAUUGUUCUUCUCAUGAACCUGAAUUGACUCUUACUACUCAAAGAUACCAAAGAUAAGUGCAUUACAAUUAGACUGGUAAUGAGAUUCAAGGGUUUUGCUUUUGUAAAGACAAGCUUGUGAUAGUUAUAUAUAAUGCAAUGAACACAGCACUUUUUUCAAAGGCUGUGUGCAAGUUCCAUGAUUGUGAAGUAGAUAGCAGUGUAUUUGUUAAGGUGGGGAAGAGAGAUCUAAUGUUGCCAAAUACUUAAGUUCUAUUUCACAAGACAAUUUUACCAUUGUUAAUUUUGGUCUUGUGACAGCUCAAUAUUAUGGUUGAUUAAGGCAAUAUUAUUGACCUUUGCCAUUUUUUUUUCAUUCAUUUUAUAGGACUGUUUAUGUUGAAUUGAACAUAGAGGAAUCAAACGUUUUUUUUUGUUAUUUUUCUUUUAUUGCAAGUGGAGUAUCCAAGUAAUUUAAUACUCUGUUGGUACAUUUUUUUAAUGCAGUUGUUGGAUAUGUUUUACUUCCCACCUUAAUGAUUAUGGAAGACUGAUUUUACUAUUUUAAGCAUAGCAAAUGUGCUGUUGAUAUUGUUGUUUUAAUUAUAUAUUGUUUUGUUUUCAAGGCUACUAUCAGUAUUGUUAAGAGGACUUUUGCGGAUUAGUUUGUACUGAAUAGCACCGUUACAAUUUCAAACAUCACAGGUGUAUCUAAACUGAUAAAUUUUUAAUUUUGAUGAAUGUUUACUGUUGUCAAACUUGUCAAUUUGUGUAUCGAUGUACGGUCACACAAAUACUCAUUUGAUUUUCAUUGGUUCUUGUACUUUUUUAAAACUUUGAACCACAAUUUUCACACAAUUGCUGCUGUUCAAUUGUCCGAAUUGUAUCCUCCUCUUUAAAAAAGUAUUGCUCGUGAAAUAAAAUAGUGAGAACAACAUAAAUGUAAA